GUCGUUUAAUGUUUCUUUAUAGUCGUUUUAUGUUUCUUUAUAGUCAUUUAAUGUUUCUUUAUAGUCGUUUUAUGUUUCUUUAGCGACAUGUUGCAGGUGAAAGCCGGGGAACCAUCCGUGGUCUUAUUUAAAAGUAUAACUGGCCAAGCACAAGGGAGGAAACAUGGGGAAAGCAGCAGAGUUGCAGUGAGGCUCCUGUACCAGCAGGGGGCGAUAUAUAAAAAGUGUAAAACCACACUUUAGUGAAGUCUCCUUCCCACUUUCUCCCUUUUCUGUGGGACAGCAGGUAAAGGCGCAGUGCGGCGGGGCUGCAGCACUUGCAGACAGAGAGGCAGACAGACAGGCAGGCAGACAGGCAGGCAGGCAGGCAGGAGUUAACCUGUUGGACUGCUCCUCUUUUACUCUCACUCUCUGACUCCUCAUCACAACUCUCUGGACCAGCUCAGGAUUUGUACACUUUUCUUACAGUUUUAUGAGUUGGGAUGAAAUUCUCCUGAACUGACGCUGCUGUAAUGAGAUCCUCUGUCCUAGGAUCAGUGUGUGUUCUGCUCUUGCUGCUGCGGGAGCCUGCAUGCCAAGGUGAUGAGGUUACCUCCAGCACAGUGAACCCAUGCUGUUACUUCCCCUGCCAGCACUGGGGCGUGUGCGUCAGGCAUGGGGAGGAGAAGUACGAGUGUGACUGUACUCGUACAGGCUACAACGGGGAAAACUGCACCGUCCCCGAGUUUUGGACCAGAGUGCGUCAGUUCCUCAAGCCCACUCCAGAUGUGGUGCAUUACAUUCUCACCCACUUCCAGCGGCUCUGGGACGUCAUCAACUACACCUUCCUACGGGACGUCCUCAUGCGGGUCGUUCUCACAGCGAGGUCCGACUUAAUACCCAGCCCUCCAACCUUCAACUCCAAAUACGGCUACCUCAACUGGGAGUCCUACUAUAAUCUGAGCUACUACACUCGGAUUCUGCCUCCAGUGCCGGAGGACUGCCCGACAUCUCUGGGGGUCAAAGGCAAGGCUGGGCUGCCUGACCCUGAGCUGCUGGUUGAGAGGCUGCUGAAGAGAAGGACGUUCAGACCCGACCCCCAGGGCUCCAACCUCAUGUUCGCCUUUUUCGCACAGCACUUCACCCACCAGUUCUUUAAGACCUACAACCGCAUGGGUCUGGGCUUCACGAAGGCUUUAGCGCACGGGGUGGACGCAGGACACGUCUAUGGAGACAACCUGGAGCGUCAGCUGCAGCUCAGGCUUCACACGGACGGAAAACUCAAGUAUCAGUGUGAAAGAGGAAACCCUCUGUCUAGGAUCAGUGUGUGUUCUGCUCUUGCUGCUGCGGGAGCCUGCAUGCCAGGUGAUGAGGUUACCUCCAGCACAGUUUUAUCAGGUCUUCCUCUGCACACCGGGCUGCUAGACAUUCCGGUACUGUGA